AUGACCGGCCGGAAUAAGGAUUUCCGCGACCAGCUGGGCAAGUUCCGCGUGGAAUCUAUCAACAGUUAUCCCAGUGACCCUUCACCCACUUGGGCGUCAUCCUACCCCGAGCCCGCAGAAGUCGCCAGUCCCUCGCGCAGCAAACGAGUGUCGACAGCCUGCGACUUCUGUCGUAGACGGAAGAAGAAAUGCGACUUCCGCUACCCCAAUUGCUCGGCCUGCACCCGCGCCGGCGUGCGAUGCACCAUCCCCCCACCGGGCCCUCAAGUCGCUAGCGCCUCCGUUCCCCGCGAUCAGUUGGAGAAUCUACAAAAACGAGUCCGAUGGCUGGAGGGAGUGGUCCAGCGCAAGACCGGGCUCUCAGUGGCGGAAUUGACGACGGGAACCCCCGUUGAUGGAGAAGGGGACCCGGAUUGGUGGUAUCAGGUCCCCGCCAUGAUUGCAACCGGGGGUACCCGUCCCACGACUUCGAUCUCGAGUCCGGCCGCCAGCGGGUCCUCGGGGACGGCGGGUCCCUCAGAGGCGUCGUCCGCAGUGGGCGCCGACCUUCCCAAUGUUGGGGAGAUCUUCCGCGACCGGUUGGAACAUCGGCGGCCGUCGGUGGCACGUCCAUCUUCCGCGCCGCGGGUUAUGCACCUGUCGUCGCUGGAGGAGGCUGAAAGAUUAGCCGGGCAAUAUUUCGACAGUAUGGGGUACCAAUACCCUUUCAUGUCGCGCCCGGAGUUCAUGGGGAAUCUGCGCCACAUCUAUACGGGUGGUGUUCCGUCACCGGAAACACACAAUUCAUAUCAUAUCGUCAUGGCGAUCUCGCUUUUGAUUGGAUCGGCAGAUCCGACAAAGGCAGCGGAGUUCUAUAAUGCCAGUCAAGAGACCCUCCCGAUGGCCUUGCAGAAUGAGGAUUUGCCUGCCGUACGAGCCCUGCUGGGACUGGCUCUAUAUACGAUGUUUGCAACGGCCGGGCCCAGUAUCUGGCAUGUGCUGGGUACAACAAUGAGACUGGCAACCAGCAUUGGGCUGCAUAAGGCACGUCCACAUGCCAGUAUCGCAGAGGAAGAGAUGUCAAAGCGCGCAUUUUGGAGUCUCUAUAACUUGGACCGUUUGAUUGCAAGUACCCUCGGUCGACCGCUGGGUAUUGCCGACGACGACAUCAGCGUGGGUCUCUUGCGCGAAUUGAACGACGAUGGGACUGAAGCGCCUGGGGCAAGUGGAAUGACCAUUCCGCUGCAAGUGAUACGUUUACGGCGCAUAUUCUCGCGCAUAUACCAAUAUCUGUACAGUAGCCUCCCGCGACCACCACCCCAGGAAGUGGCUAUCACACUCAGCCAAUUCCGUCGAGAAGUCGAUGACUGGCGCAUGGCGGCACCAGUAUAUCCAUCCGCGCUUCUUUACUCCACCUCAUAUUACGACUAUCUCUACUACACCACAUUGCUUUUGAUGUACCGCCCCAGCCCCCGAAAUCCGACGCCAGACGUGACUAGCAUCGUUAGCUGUGGCGACUCCAGUAUCCAGGUCAUCAGAUCCUACUGGGACAGCUACUCUGUCGGAAAGCUAAAAUGGAUAUGGUUGACACUAAGCCAAUUGUAUUUUGCGGGAAUCACCAUCCUCUGGUGUCUUGAACAGAAUGCACGCUCAUUACGCGAAUCUCGACCAGCCCCAUGGCACCCAGAAGAGCAGACGAUGCGCCGCGGAAUCCAAGCGGUUGUCGUGCUCUUGGAAGAAUUUGGCAAGCGUCGACCCGGCGUCGACCGGUUAGCAGAGACCUUCCGACAUCAAAGCACAAUGAUCUUCAGCCAAAUGGCGUAUCAACAGCAUCAGCUUGAACAGCAACAACACUACCAUCCACAAUACCAACCACCUCCCCCACCUACACUCAUACCUCCACAGCCUUCGAUGCCCCUGGCUGCACCACCUCCACCGCCGGUCCCGCUGGCCCCUGUUCUCGACGACGUGUUACUUGUGGAUAGCAGCGGGACGGUCCCGAUGAUCGAUCCACAGAUGGCGGACCAGCUCUUCUGUUCGUAUAACUGGUUCCAAGAGGAGAUGGCAUCAUACUAUACCCUUUGA